AUGAAGGAUUAUGCAGAGAGACUUCCCGUUGUCGGUCUGACUCUAAGCUGGGAGCGUGAGAUAAAGAAUCUCAUUCCAUUGAGACUGAGGAGAAAAUUUCCUGAGUUGUAUGAACGCUAUAUGAAUGAAACUAAAUGCCUUUAUCAGGAUGUAAUGCACGAGAUGGGAAUGAAGUGUGUUGUAUCAAUAGGUUUUGAUUGGCGAGAUGCUGAGGAGUUGCCCUUUAAGUUUGAUGGUCGUACACCCCGACGACCAAGAUUCAUUCAAAAUCGCAUUAGUCUGGCAACAAAAUAUUUCUCUCCUCAAAAUUUGGUGAAGAAUAUUUUUGAAAAGUCCCAUACACUUCUCCCCCACUUCAUCUGUGAUUUCACGAGUUAUAGAAAGAACGGAUUUAUUGAAGCAACCAAGUAAAAUGAAAUUAAAACAGUAAUUGAAAUUAAAUUUAAGGCGACGUGUGAAACAAACAAUUUAAUCUGUCAAUUUUGUCAGAUUUUUUCAUAUCGCCCAGGAAGAUAUUCGGAAAGGGGAGUUAGCAGUCACAAAUACCUACUAUGCCUACAUUGUAAAACUCCUGACGACUAAGAGAUAUUUAAAUGAUAUUCCUAAUCAUUUAUUACGCCCAUUUCUUCACACCUGUACGAAAUUACUAGCCUAUCAGGUCACUCGGAAAGUUAUCAAGAGUAUAAAUCAUUUCCUAGACGUCAUGAUUGAUUCCUCCAUUAGCCCUUUACUGA